AGUAUGCAGUCCAGCAUAAUAAAAAUAAAAAUGUCACGAACUAUAGAAAACGUAGUACAAAAACAUUAUUGUGAUUUGUGUUAUUGAAUAAUUGAAAUUCCAUUAUCGUUUAUUGUUUUGUAUGUUUAACGGUUUCUAUAUAGUUGUGUGUAUUUAAUUCUAUAGUAUAUAGAGAAAAAUGUUAUGUUAGUCAUAACUGAAUUAUUAAAAUAAUAACAUUAAUUGUACACAAUAUGUUUGGAUAUUAGUAUUUCCUAUAACACACUGAUUUCUAUUGACUAUUAUGGCACUUAAACAAGAUUUAUAUCAUGAUUACCUGUACUCGAUCAACCCGAUUGCCCAAAGGAUUGGUAAAGACGUAGAUGCCACUAAAGAAGCAUACCAAAUGUUUUGGGACAAACUAAGUACAGAGGAACAAAAUAAAAUUCUUGAAGAAUCAAUUAUUAGUCCUGAAACAGUUUUAAAGUAUUCCAAAUACAAAAUAUCCGACGGCAAAGUAUCUGAAGGAUAUUUUUCAUGGUUCACCCGCAGCCAGUUAGAUUUAUGCAAACAUGUAGACAGUGUUCAAGAAAACUUUUUUGCCAAUGAAUGUAAGAAUGUGAUAGUUAAGAGAACAGGAAAAGAACAGCAGCAAGAUAAUAAAAUUUUUAAUAAGAUCAAAUCAAAUGUACUGUUCAAGUCAUUGAUGCCAUCUGAAAAUAAAACUAAAGAUAAACUUUCCAAGAUUGAUAGAACAAAGCCUAAAGGUCCUCCACCACCUCCUCCUCUUUCGCAAGUUGCUAAAGGAAAAGUUGAAGUGAUAUCAUCAAAAGAAGAGGAUGAAGACGAUGAGAAUAUACCUAAGACUGGAUUUGAUUUUCUAGAUAAUUGGUAAAAAUUGAAUGACAAAAUUCUAUUAAUUUAAUAAUAAUAUUAUGGUUGAUACUUGUACUAACUUCAGAAUCCCGCCAAUUUAUUAUAUUUUACCUGAUAGAUAUUUAAAUUAUUUUAUUUCUAUUUUUCAAUUAUAAUAUUAUACUCAAAUAUUUAGUAGGUUAGAUUGGUUUAAUUAUUUAAGUAAUCAAAUGCUAUUAUAACUAUUUCUGUUUUUAUUUUUUAUUUGUAAAAAUAAUUAAAUGUUCUUCACUGGUUGUAUAAAAUUAAAAAAU